AUGCCAAGUGAGAGAUCAACUGAGGAUCAGUCUCAAGGCCACAUCAAUAGUGAAAGUAUAGGUGGAUCCAUGCCUGUAUAUGCAAGUUCAAACAUCAGUCAAGGUUUGUGGGGAAAAUGGGAGACGGUUAAUGCAAUUGUAUUAUCCUGGUUAAUGAACUUAGUUUCAAAGAGCCUUCUCAGUGGUAUUGCAUUUGCAACCAGUGCUCUACAAGGUUCAUCCUCAGUUUCUGUGUAUUAUACUAAUCUCAAAACCUUAUGGGAUGAGUUUGAAGCUUUAGUUCCUGCUCCCUGCUAUAAUUGUGAUAAGUCAAGGGGUUUUGUAGCUCACAUGAGCAGGCAGAAGCUCUAUCAUUUUUUGAUGGGACUUAAUGAAUCUUAUCAUCAAGCUAGAACCCAAAUUCUAAUGAUGGAUCCAUUUCCUACAACUAAUUAUGCAUAUGCCAUGAUACUAGGGGAUAAAAGUCAAAAAUCAGUGGUUUCUCACACCAGCAGUAUGGGGCUGAGUUCAGUAAGUAUGGAAUCUAUGGCCAUGUACUCUAAAAUUGGCUCAACUUUAGGUGUUAACCAGAGGUUCAAGAAGAAUUCAAUGCUUAUUUGUGACUUCUGUAAUACCAAUGUACCUGCACCACGCUGGGUGGAUAAACUUGAUAUAGCACAAUUUCAAAUUGAACCUGGUGAGAGUUCAAGUCAUCAUAGACAACAACCAAGUCAAGCUGAGUUGGAGGUCAAGCAGAUGCUUAAAGGAUAUACAUUCACAAAGGACCAAUAUGAUGACAUUCUCAAAAGAUAUCAGCACAAGAAAGAGCCUGACUACAAAAGCACUCUUGCUGCUCAAACUGCACAUAAAACUUUCUAUGUAUUUGCAAAUGAUAGUGUGUGGACUAUAGACACUGGUGCUACGAAUCAUAUGAUCUCUAAUUUGGACAUGUUCAUAAAAGACUAUGUGACAAAACUAGAGAUUCCUAAGAUUGUAUAUCUACCCAAUGGUGAUACAACUCAAGUGACUCAUGUUGGAUCUUGUGUUCAAUCAGAGAACAAUGUUAUUUCAAAUUAUGUUAGGAAUCAAUUUGACAAAUCUGUUAAAGUAAUAAGAACUGACAAUGGCACUGAGUUUGUCAAUUCAGUAUUUGACAAUAUGUUUAAGGAGUUGGGGAUGGUCCAUCACAAAACUUGUCCAUAUACCCCUCAUAAAAAUAGAGUAGCUGAGAGGAAACACAAACAUCUUCUUGAAGUCACAAGGGCACUGAGACUUCAAGCACAUAUUCCUGUGAAAUAUUGGGGGCAUUGUGUAUUCGCUGCUACUUAUCAUAUUAAUAGGGUUCCUAGCAGUGUCUUGAACUAUGAAACUCCCUAUGAAAGAGAUGUGAUAUUUAGAGAAGAUAUGUUUCCUUUUAAACAAGAGAUGGUUCAUGAUAAGCAUUCCUUAUUCAGAAACACUUUACAGGUCUCAGAUAUGUGGUGUUCAGAGUUAACGACUUUAGAGCAUGCCUCAAAUAGUAGUGAUGCAGUAGCACAAGAUCCUAUCAGUGGUUCUCAAUCUUUAAAAGAUACUAAUGAUAAUAGUAGUGUUGACAUUAAUCCUUCAGACUUUCAUGGUUCCAUAAAUCCUUCUAUUGGUGAUCCCAUUCUUCAGGAACCAGAUCCUAUUGCACCAAUUGCUAAUAGAAGAUCCACCAAGAUUAAAUGUACACCCUUAUGGAUGCAAGAUUUUGUAUCACAUAAAGGAGUGAAAUAUCCUAUGCGUAACUAUAUGAGAUAUGAUCACUUAUCUCUUUCCUACCAGUGUUACAUUGCUUCUUCUUCUUCCAUUCAUGAACCUACCACACACUCAAAGGCAAUUAUUACUGAUCCUAGAUGGAUAAAGGCCAUGCAGGCUAAAAUCCAGACUCUAGAAAGCAACAAAACUUGGGAAAUCACUGACUUGCCACUAGGAAAGAAACCUAUAGGUUGCAGAUGGAUCUAUAAAGUCAAAUAUAAGUCUGCAAGUGAGGUUGAAAGAUUCAAAGCAAAGUUGGUUGCUAAGGGUUACAGUCAAAUAGAAGAUUAUGAAGAGACUUUUCCCCCCUGUUGUUAA